GGCCUCCCGUCCUGAAGUUUUGAGGAGAGAAGGAGGGAGCGGGCGGCGACUCUCCUCGGCUCCGCGCCAGGCGAGGCUGGGGUUUGGGUCCCGGCCAGCCUUCCUCCGGGCAGAGUCUGCCGUCUCCCUGCUGCGUCCCCUCAGUGCGCUCGUCGGAGCUCUGAGAGGCGCCCGCGCCGAUGAUUUGCAAGUGAGACUUCAGCUGUGUAUCUCCAACUUGUUCCAACAAGAUGUUUACAACGAAUCCUGCAAAUUGGGUUACAUUUGAAGAUGAACCCCUAUUCCAUUCUCAGAAAGCAGGGGGAAGUCAUAGUGCCUGCAAAGCAAAUGGGCUUAAACUCCAUCUUCCUAAAAUACCUGAUUCUUUGAGCCAAUCUCCAUCUUCCAGCAAUACUCCUCUCUCCUCUCCUGUAGUUGACUAUUACUUUAGCCCUGGACCUCCUAGCAAUUCUCCACUAUGUACACCCACUAAAGAUUACUCUGUCAGCCCUUUAUUUUCAAAAUCUGGAAUUCAGCACCUUUAUCCUAUUCCAGAGCUGUCAUCCAACAUUAAUAUUCUGCCAGUGGGUGGGACAUCUUCUCAAAAACUGACUGGUACCUCUCAGGCUCAGCAUCACUCAGAAUGUUCAGUCUCAGAGCCAUUAGAUGGUGCAAAUGCCGCUCAACAGGAAAGCGCAAAGAAAUCAGAAGAUUCCCUGGAAUCACAAACAUUCUUCCAAUACAUUCAGAAUGACUGUGCUUUUGCUAGUCCAUUUUGGUCAGAAGAUUCACCAGAUAAAUCCAUCAGUGUGCACAAAAAGGAUGCAAACCUUGAAAAGGAUAGUGGCUCUUCCAGUGAAAAGGACAGGUUCCCUGAUCAGAAAAGUCUCAAUCAGGGAUCAUUCCACUAUAUUUGUGAGAGGCUUGAGCACUUGCAAACUGAUACUUCAGAUAAUGAAAGGACUCUGACAGCCAUGCCAUACAUGUAUACAGGAGAUGGUUUUUCUUCGUUUCUUCCACACAGCCUCUUCAGCAGCCAAAGAAAAGAUGGCUGGCCUUUCAUGUUGAGGAUUCCCGAAAAGAAGAAUAUGAUGUCAUCAAGGCAGUGGGGGCCUAUAUACCUUAAGGUCUUACCUGGAGGAAUCCUACAAAUGUAUUAUGAAAAGGGCCUUGAGAAACCUUUCAAAGAAUUUCAGCUGCAGCCAUUUUGUAAACUUUCAGAACCCAAGCUAGAGAACUGCAAUAUCUCUGGGAAAAUCCAUACUGUGAAAAUUGAGCAUGUGUCUUAUGUGGAAAGAAAGAAGUAUCAUCCCAAAGCUGAAGUGGUUCAUGAACCAGAGAUAGAACAGAUGCUAAAGCUGGGAACGACUGAUUACAAUGACUUCACUGACUUCCUGGUGAUAGUGGAGGAAGAGUUAAUGAAGCUUCCUGUUAUUUCAAAACCAAAAAAACACUAUGAAGAACAGGAAAUGAUCCUGGAGAUAGUGGACAACUUUACAGGGAGGAUCACUAAAGCAGAAGGGAAGCUAGUUGAAAGUGCUGUCAUCACCCAUAUUUAUUGCUUGAGUUUUGUGAAUGGAAACUCUGAGUGCUUUUUGACGCUGAAUGAUCUGGAGCUUCAGAGGAAAGAUGAGCACUACUUUGAAAAGGAUGCGAAAAAAUGGAUUGAAAUCAUUGACUAUCACUUCCAUCAAUGUGUGAAAAAACAAGAAUUUGAGCAGUCAAGGAUAAUUAAAUUUACACCUACAGAAGGCUGUAGGUUAGAACUGAUGCGUUUCAGGACAUGGUAUAAUGGAGCUGAUCUUCCAUUUUCUGUCAAGGCCAUGGUGGUAGUACAAGGAGCUUAUGUUGAACUGCAAGCUUUCAUAAACAUGUCCUCUUCUGCUCUGACUUCAGUGCAUUCAAAUUCCAUGAAACCCUGUGAAAGUAUUAUGGUACACUUUCCUAUUCCCUCACAGUGGAUUAAAACUCUUUGGACCAUGAACCUCCAAAGACAGAAGUCUCUGAAAGCAAAAAUGAACAGAAGAACAUGCCUUGGCUCUUUAACUGAGAUUGAAUCUGAUCAUGUAAUACAGGUCUCAAUUGGAACAGCCAAAUAUGAAAGUGCCUAUAGAGCUAUUGUGUGGAAGAUUGACAGACUUCCCGAUAAAAACUCAAGUCCAGAUCAUCCGCACAGUUUGUCUUACAAGCUAGAACUUGGAUCGGAUCAGGAAAUCCCCUCUGAUUGGUAUCCCUUUGCCACAGUGCAGUUUGUGGUGCCUGAUGCAUGCGCUUCCGGAACUGAAGUUACAUCAUUGGGCAUCGAGAGUGACAUCCAACCCCAGAAACAUGUGAUACGUAAAGCAUGUUACAACUGCCAGGUUGAAAUUGAGAAGAAAUGGAUAAGGCUUGAUGGCGAAGAUUCCAAUAAAUGUGGCAGUUGUCAAAUGCAGUAGUGAGGAAUCGAACUGAAGAGUCUGGUGUGCUGCUAGGACUGUGGGGGAAAGUGCUUUAUAUAUUGCCUCCAAAUGAGUUCGCAAGGCAGUGGAUUACAGCAUAUUCUCUGCAGUUUGUCAUGUUGAAAGACCAGAUACCAUUGGAAGUUUGUGCUCCUAACUUUUAGCUUACUGACCAAUGUUAUCCUUUAAAAAGCUAAAGCACACAAAGUCAAUUCACAGUAUCUUGAAAAUUAGUGGCACUUGAUAUGAACUCUUGUAAGGCAGUUGCCUAUGAAGCAUUUAGACUUAACAUCAAAUAUAUAUUUUGCCGUGGUCCAGAAAGGUAAAUUAUAAAUUUCAAUUUAAGUUAUGUAUUACAGUAAGCCUGCAACUUAUGUGGGGGUUAUAUUCCGGGGAUUGCACCUAAAGCCAAAAUUGUGUACAGUCCAAACACAUGGGGUUCAGUGUGGGGUGGGAUUGCCAAAGUCAUUUUUUAUAGAAUCAUAGAGUUGGAAGGGACCCCAAGGAUCAUCUAGUCCAACCUCCUGCAGUGCAGGAAUAAGCAGCUGUCCCAUACAGGGAUCAAACCUGCAACAUUGGCGUUAUCAGCACCAUGCUCUAACCAAAUUAGCUGUCCAGGCUGAUUCCUGGAACCCCACCUUUCCACUCCCUUUUUAUUUAUUUUUUGUCAUGAACACAUAGCUGAAUGCAAACAAGUUAAAUGUGCAUAAGUUGUGGACAUACUGUAUAUAUAUAUUUGUAGGUACUUUGUGAAUGUAAUCAUAUGUCUUGCUCUUCCCAGUAUUGGUAAAUAAUGCAAGCCUAAAGUAUAUUGAAAAGGGGUGUCAUUUGGCAGAGCAGAUAAAAGUUUCAGUGGCUCAUAAAUGGGAUCUUUUUGGAUUAUUCCACUAUAUUAUUCCUGUACAGAGGAAUAUGUGUAUGAAAAAUGUUACUUUUGAAUUGCAAAUCUACACUGGCUUUCAGAAUAGUUAAUGUCAGGAAUUUAAUUCAUUGCUUUCAGUAUUUCUUUGAAAUCUAUUGCAUACAUUCUUCCACACAGGAAGGCAUGCCAUGUUUCAAAUAGCUAAUAAGCGCUGCUCUUUUGGCCUCUCCUGUUUGAAUCUGUAAAUGGAAGUUUUUUCCUUUCAUUCUUUGGAAGGGGACUCUGCCUGGGAUCAUGGGGGGGGGGAGGCAUUGUGGGUAAUAAAAAUUCUUGACCUGAAAGUAUGAGGCAAAGUUUUCAUUUCAGGAUCUUGGACAGAACAGAGUUAUUUUUAACACAUUGCCAACUAUUAUGAAUUAUUUUGGAUCUCCAACAGGAACAGAUGUUAGAUCUGGAACAAAAGCAUGUCCUGAAUUGCUAGUCAAAGAAGCUAUAAGAUCCAGGAGACUCCAGAAGAACGUGGAAAGCGAGAUGUUCCUUUGUGUUGCCAGCUGAGCUAGAGUUUGCUUAAGGGGUGUGCCACAGAAGACUUCUAAGUCUAAAGGAAAUAUGAAACUGUAAAUGCUUUGACAAUCACCUUAACCUUUUAGAUGCUGACUUUUAAGCUUGUAGGACAGUUCUAUUUGUUCCCUUGUGGGAGACAUCAUCUUUGUCCUUUGCUUUUUGAGGCCUUUCUUGUAUACUCUAGAAGCCAGAGAAGUGUCUGUCUCUGUUUUAAUCUGUAUUGAUGGAUUUCUGCUUUAUUGCGAUUGCUCUAGAUGAUAUAUUUGCUGUGUGUAAGUCUUUUUGGAAUAAAGCUGUAAUAGCAUA